AUGUUCGCCGUGACCGUCGAAUCUCUAUACGAUUGUUUCUAUGUAAUAUCGAAUAAUUCCAGUUCUGACGUUGAUAAACUUAAGGCUUAUCAAAAAAUUUUGCAAGGAAGCAAAAGCGGACCUAAUGAGAAAAAGCUCUCUUCCCAAUUUAUUGGCAGAUUUUUUAAAUUAUUCCAAGCUGAACAAGAAAAUAGCUUUAACUGUCUACUUGAUUUGUGCGAUGAUGAAGAUUCCAAUACUCGCAUUCAGGCUGUUCGUGAUUUCCAGCAAAUUUGUAAAGCCGUGCCUGAAUUUAUUCCUCGCGUUUCAGACGUCUUGGCCCAGCUGGUAAUUGCUGAAAAUGUCUCGGAAUCGAACGGAAUUAAUAAUUCGCUUAAAUCUCUUCUCAUGAUGGAUCCCAGCAGUACUCUCAUAGGUGUUUUUAAUCAAAUUGUGCCCAGUAAAUCAGAAAUUCAACGGAAAAACUUACUGCAAUUUUUAAUGGACUGUUUGAAGGACAUUCCAGAGGAAAAAAUGACUGCAGAAUUGGAAGAAUUUAUUAUAGAACACUUAAAUAAUUUAUUCAGUGAUGCUUCAUUUACUGAAUUCGUUGCUGUUGUUACUAUUAUGUCUUCGCUCAAAUCGCUGUCGACGUUGUUAGGUCGUCAAAAAUUAGUCAACAUGAUUAGCAGUUUCGUCAUGGAGAAAAUGCCUACUUUUGAUCCACAAAGCGUUAAAUCUGUCGAACUUAUUCAACAGGCUGGAAAACAGAUAGUACGACUGCUAUCAAAAAAUGUAUCAGCUGCCAAGUUGCUGAAAUAUAUGCUCGAUAACGUUGUUCCUUCCGUUCUCUCUGUGGAGAAUCCCUUCCAACAACGUGGAAUUCUGCAGCUUUUAACAACUUUCAGUUCUCAUCCGGGUGAUACAUUUACAUCUAUUCCUGAGGAUCGUCGAGUUCAGUUGCUUCAGCCCCUUUACGUGGCACUUUUGACUAGCUUACCGGAACUCUCAACUCUUACUGACGAAGGAGAUGUCCACUUGAAAAUGUCUCUUCCUGCUUUUACUAUUGAGUGCAUUUUGUAUACACUUCUUAAUCUACUCAAAUUUUGCCCCACAUUUCUCAGUGCCUCUGUCCAAAAUGAGAGUGAUGCGGCUUCACAAGAGGGGGCCGCUAGACUGCAUUCUCUGCGCCAUAAAGCCCAAUAUACGGCACGGCUUAUACAAUCCUACAAAACACCGAUUGUUGCCGAACUGCAAGCUUCUUUCCAAGCUGAAGGUGGCUGUUCGGUUAAAACUGCUGAUGAAGUGAGGCGGGCCCUUGCAAACAUUGAGAAGAUGGUUCGCUGCAUUUUUCGCUCAAAAAUCGAAUCUCAUUGUCUGCAUGAUGUAGUUUUAUCGUGGAUAGAACCAUCACCUCCAAAAGCACCGGCUACGUCAUCACCAACGGCGCUAACUGCCGGAGCAAAGCGUCGUACUUCACAACAGCAGGGUACUUCCCAAACGUGGAGUAAACGGGGAAGAUUUCAACAUCUCUACCGCGGUAACAGAAGAAACUGA